CCGCACACGUCCGGUCCAUCGUACGUACACUAGAUAGAUAGAGUACGGAGUAGAAUACAAUAAUAAUAAUAAUACUAUACGGAAAGCAUAGCCGCAGUAUCAUGCACGCAAAUCAAUUGGGUAGUUAACGAGCGAGAAAGACGGGUCAGGGAUGGGGUUUACUAGUCACAGUCAGUCACAGCGCUCUAGCUAGCUAUUGUAUCCUUCUUCUCCAUCUCUUCGUGCAGCAGACGCCGUCUCCGGAUCCUCAAAGACGUCCAAAUGGAAAGCGCCCGGGCCGUGGCCGUGGCCGUGUUCCAUUCCCGCCACCAGCUGCAGCCACCAUCUAUCCAUCCAUCUCCUUCCGUCUCGAGCUGUAACACAUCAGCGUCUGAAAACAAACUGUAAUCCACGCGCGAUCGCCAUCGCGUAUCGUCUCCUUCCAGCAAACCCCCGGCCGCGCGCUAUAGCUUCCACCGCCGCCCACGUUCCUCUCAGUCUCACCACCGUCGCGGCCAAUCCUCGCGGACCUAUAUCAGGUCCCUGGACCACUGCGACUCCUUCUUCGCUUAACGAAUUCUCCUCCGUCCUCCCUGUCGCCGCCGCACUGCUCCUCCUGCGCAGACGUUGUAUCGUAGCGCGCUGCCUCUUGCACCGAUCGAUCAAUAUCCACUCGCCACCGGUCGCCUCGCCGGUGCCGGCAAAUGCGGUGGGCGCCCGGCGCCAGCGCCAGCGCCGGGCGGGCGGUCUACGUCGUCCUCGUCGCGGCGCUGUGGUGCGCCUCGCUCGUCCCGCGCGCGGCGGCGCAGGCGGACCUCGCGGCGGACCGGGCGGCGCUGCUCGCGUUCCGGGCCGCGGUGGGGCCGCGGCUCCCGUGGGACGCGGCGGCGCCGUGCGGGUGGCGUGGCGUCACGUGCGACGCCGCCGGCGCGCGCGUCGUCGCGCUGAAGCUCCCCGGGGAGAGCCUCAUCGGUGCGGUGCCGCUCGGGACGAUCGGCAACCUCACGGCGCUGCGGGCGCUGUCGCUCCGACUCAACGCGCUCUCCGGCGGGAUCCCCGCCGACAUCGGGAGCUGCGCGGAGCUCAGGUACCUGUACCUCCAGGGCAACCGGCUCGAUGGGCAGAUACCGGAAGGGUUCUUCGGCCUCCGGUUGCUGCAGCGGCUCGACCUCUCCAACAACCGCAUCGCCGGCGAGGUCUCGCCGGACUUCAACAGGCUCCAGAGGCUCGCUACUCUGUACUUGGAGAACAACAGCUUGAAUGGCACGCUGCCGUCCGACCUUGACCUCCCGAAGCUUCAACUCUUCAACGUGUCGGGAAACAACUUCACCGGCCCUGUUCCCGAUUCGCUCGUCCGGAUGCCAGCCAGCGCCUUUGAUGGGACAGGGCUCUGUGGCGGCCCUCUAGCGCCGUGCCCAACCCCUCCUUCGCCGCCGCCUGCUCCGGCCGCUGCUAAUGGUAGCAACAGCAGGAAGCUCUCCACUGGCGCGAUCGCCGGCAUUGCUGCGGGUGGUGCCGUGGCGUUCUUGGUUUUGAUCGCCGUGAUAUUCUUCCUCUGCUUUCGGUGUCACAAGACAAUAGCUGAAAAAUCCGCGGCGGCGGCGGCCGACGGCGACCUGGACGCGUCUCCUGAGUCGGUCACCGUGGCGAGCAUGGACAAGAAGAGCGGCACGAGGCGGUCCUCGCAGGCCACGGCGGCCGGCAACGGCAAGAAGCUGGUGUUCUUGGGAGCGGCGCCGGACGCGCCGUACGAUCUGGAGUCGCUUCUGCACGCGUCGGCCGAGGUGAUCGGGAAGGGGUGGCUGGGCACGACGUACCGCGCCAUGCUCGAGGGCGGCGCCGCCACCGUGGCCGUCAAGCGGCUGAGGGCGGCACCCAUCCCGGAGCGGGAGUUCCGGGACAAGGUGACGGCGCUGGGCGCGCUCCGGCACGAGAACCUGGUGCCGGUCCGCGCCUACUUCUACAGCCGGGAGGAGAAGCUCAUCGUGUACGACUUCGUGGGCGCCGGCAGCCUCUGCUCCCUCCUCCACGGCAGCAGCAGCAGCGGCGCCGGCGCGAGCCCCGCGCGGCUCGACUUCGCCGCGCGGGCGCGCAUAGCGCUGGCGGCCGCGCGCGGCGUCGCGUUCAUCCACGACGCCGGCGACCGCGCCCGCUCGUGCCACGGCAACAUCAAGUCGACCAACGUCCUCGUCACCGAGACGCGCGACGGCGCCUACGUGACCGACCACGGCAUCCUCCAGCUCGUCGGCGCGCACGUGCCGCUGAAGCGCGUCACCGGGUACCGCGCCCCGGAGGUGACCGACCCGCGCAGGGCGUCGCAGGAGACGGACGUGUACGCCUUCGGCGUGCUGCUCCUCGAGCUGCUGACGGGGAAGCCGCCGGUGAACUCGGUGCCCGGGAGCACCGACGGCGUGAACCUGCCGAUGUGGGUGCGCACGGUGGUGCAGGAGGAGUGGACGGCCGAGGUGUUCGACGCCAGCAUCGCGAUCGAGGAGCGCGUGGAGGAGGAGAUGAUGCAGCUGCUGCGGCUCGCCGUGGACUGCACGGACGAUCGACCCGACCGGCGGCCCCGGAUGGCCGAGGUGGUGGCGAGGAUCGACCUCAUUGUCGAGAGCGCGCUCAUGAAGACCAACACGGAUGACGACUUCCAUAGCAUUUCUCCCUGACAUGGCAGCGUGAUCGUUCUUAGCGAUUCUUCUCUGUGGUUAUUUUCAAAUCUUUGGUUGCACAUAGUGCGGUGAUGUUAAUAAUGUUCAACAUGUUCAUAGGAUUUUUGUCAAAAACAAAACAUGUUCAUAGGAUUUGUGAUUCUUCAUUAUAGUAUUUGUGUAUGAAGGCAUGCUACAA